GUAGAGUCACUGAGAAAAAGCACGCGGAGACGUGGUACUGCCGGGGAGAGGCUCAAAGCACUCUGGGAAGUGUAGUCCAGUUCGCUAAACAGAAGAUUCGCGGUGGGUGCCGGGGUUCCGGGAAGAGGCUGAACCGGCUUGAAAAGAGGUUGUGACUAUGCCUUUUAACUCUGGAGCAGGAGCACCAGAAGUGUUUGUUUAAUGAAUGACCUUUCCAUUUAGGACCUGUUUAGACCCUGAGGAUAACUCUGUGAAUUGUGUUGAUCUCAGUAUGCUGCGGCGAAAACCAACCCGCCUGGAGCUGAAGCUUGAUGACAUUGAGGAGUUUGAGAGCAUUCGAAAGGACCUGGAGACCCGUAAGAAACAAAAAGAAGAAGUGGACGUCGUAGGAAUCAGUGAUGGAGAAGGCGCCAUUGGGCUCAGCAGUGACCCCAAGAGCAGGGAGCAAAUGAUUAAUGAUCGAAUUGGUUAUAAACCCCAACCCAAACCCAACAAUCGUUCAUCUCAAUUUGGAAGUUUCGAAUUUUAGAGGCGGAUUAUCUUGCAUGCCAGAGCCCUGGAAUGGAGUAGAAUGAUGGCAGAAGUACAAACAAGAUUUAGAGAACUGAGUGCUUGCAGUCAAGUAGAAUGUUUUACCUCCUGCAGAGAAUACUUCUGCAUGAGAUUACUGAUGCUUAACUUUUGCUCAAAGUGGAAAUCAAAACUCUAGUUUGUCUCUGGAAAAUCUGACUCUAUAAAACUUGUCUCAUUUUUGUUUUUUAAAAUAAAUAUAUUUUUGGAAAAGUGUGCGACACCCUUAAUGAAGCAUAAUCCUAGCACUGUUAACCCUCAGACUUUAAAAGGUAACUGCUGUGAGAGGUAACAUCACUCUUCCCACCUUCAUUGAGAGACUUGAAGCACGGAACACUUGCAUUUGAUCCCUGUCACUGACUUUCUUCCAAUUCAUCUGUUCAGCAAGUAUUUAUUGAGUGCCUGUUAUGUGCCAGAUACUAUUCUAGGCACUUAGUAACAUCAGUGAACAAAAUCAAAGAUCCCUGCCUUUGUGGAGAUUAGAUUCUAGUGAUUUUGUGUAAAUGUGAUCAAGCUGUGGGUUUCCAGAAUCUGUUUACAGAAUGGCUUCAUAGCUAGUCUGAGUGUAAUUUCGGGAGAGGGAACAGUGGAGGGAAACACAAUAAUAGGACUGCUCCUAAAAGGAAUUACCGUCAUUCCGGUUUUCCUUCUUUUUCCAACUUGCCUAAAAAUUUUUCCAGGAGCCAAUCGAGAGGAUGAUUUAGAAUCAGGUCCAGGGCGCCGGGCUCGCUCAGUUGGAGGAGCAUGAGACUCGUGAUCUCGGGGUAGUGACUGCAAAGCCCACUUUGGGUGUAGAGAUUACUAAAAAAAAGUAAAUAAAGUUAAAAAAAAAUCA